AUGGUCGAAGUGUGUCUCCAAUUUAAAUAGUUUAAUAAUAGAAAAAAACUAUAUUGCCAUUUCAAUAUUAGCAAUAAUUCAAGUAAUAGCAGCAGUCAAUUUAAGUUAAUACAAGUCAGCAGUUCUCCUAACUUCCUAUGUAUAAAUAAUUAAUCUAACAAUAAUAAAAAUAAUAAUAUAAAAAUAAUAGUAAUAAUAAUAUAAUAAUAAUAAUAAUAAUAAUAAUAACAAUAUCUACUUUUUUCAAAUCCCUCUCCUCAUUCCAAAAGAGAACCUCUAUAAUAAUUAAAUGGUUCUUAGACAACUUAUGAGACUUCUUUUAUUCCUAUGAGAUUCCCAUCAAGUAAGAGAGAGAGCUUUAUAACAUCACAAGAUGAAUCUAAACGUAGUAUUCUCGAAUCUAAUCCUCAAAAUUAACAUUGUUAAUAGUUUGGUAAUUUAUUAUACAAAAUUGCAAAACUAUUCAUCAAUACAGAAUAUUUUGAAUAAUUUAGUUUAGGUAAAAUGUAUACAAGAACUGAAUGCAUGUUUCUGUAACUUAAAAUUCAAUUCUGUCUAUUAUAGAGUUGCAUUCAAAUUUUUUAACCCUCUAAUCCUUGCUUAUAAGAAUGUUAAGUCAGGUUAUUGAAUGUGAAAUAAACUAUACUCCAAAUGGCUGAUUAAUAUGUUCAGGAUCCCAGAUUCAUGUCAUUAUUCACCAACAAAUGGGUUUUGGAAAACAUCUUUGAGUAAAUAAGCCAUUAUAACUAUCUGGCCAUUCACCUUAUAAACGAUUACUUGAAUAGGGAUUGCAACCAUCCCCACUUGAUAAUUCUUCUAGAUUACCUAGUUAUACUGCAACAACUUUUGAAACGCUUUGCAACUAGUGUAAGCUGGAUGGAGUUCGAAUAGAGAAACAACAUUGCUGCUAUUGUAUAAGCGCCAAUUAAUCCAAAUCCAAAUAAACAAUAAUGGGUGGAGAUAUGCAAAAUAAUCUAUAGAGAUAUUGUCAAAUGA